AUGAGAGCCCUGUGGUUGAUCUUACUCAACUGUGGUUUUUACGUAGUGAAAACAUACGAAAACUUUGCUUUGAUAAAACCAGCAUGGCAGCAGUAUCCUUACCAUUUUGGAUAUUGGGAUGCAGAUCGUGCCGUAGACGGGCGGUAUACAGAUCUGUCUGCUGGUGGAGGACAGUGUACGAUAUCAGCAGAACACUACCGAACAGCAAAGUGGGGGGUAGACCUGGGUGAAGUACUCAGUAUACACCACAUCUUUAUACAGUACCGGACGGAUAAUGUGGUUUGGGAUGAGCUGAAUGGUUACACACCUAGAUUCCUGGGAUACUCUGUCUACAUAUCAAAUUCAACCAAUAAAGAGGACGGAGUACUAUGUUUUAGAGACACCAACUACACCAGAGCCACAAUACCUAAUCCUACAAACAUAACGUGUAUCGCACACGGGAAAUUUGUCAUCUACUACAACAACAGGACCCACUAUCCGUAUCCUGCUGGGUAUUCUCACUACGCACACAACGAGCUGUGUGAACUAGAAGUGUAUGGAUGUCCCAUACCAGGAUAUUACGGAGAAAACUGUUCCUUUUCCUGCCCACUAAAAUGUCAAGAAGGUCAUUGUAACAUUAUUGAUGGAACGUGUCUGGGUUGUGUUGACGGAUACCAAGGUCCAUACUGUAACAAUGAGUGCAGCAUUGGCACGUACGGUCUUGAGUGUGGAAAUUUAUGUGGUAACUGUAGUAACGGUAAUCGGUGUAAUCACGUGAACGGAAGUUGUCCAGACGGAUGUGAUGUAGGGUUUUUUGGUGAUAAAUGUAAUAAAGCCUGUCUUCUUGGUUGGUAUGGUCAAAACUGCAGAAACAAAUGUCAUCAGAAUUGCUUAAGCUGUAACCGAUUCAAUGGUGACUGUAAGUUUGGAUGUAAGCCUGGGUGGAAAGGAAUAAACUGUGAAAAUGCAUGCGAUGGUCAUAUGUAUGGGAUUAAUUGUACAGAGAAGUGUGGUUCGUGUCUAAACGUUGAACAAUGUCACCACAUAAAUGGGACUUGUAUGAAUGGAUGUGACAGAGGAUUCCAUGGACCUUAUUGUAUUGAAGGAUGUUCAAACGGGUCGUAUGGAUACAACUGUAACGAUACCUGUAGCACUCAUUGCCAGCUGUCUGGGAUGUGUGAUAGGAAAACAGGACAUUGUUACUGUCAAGUGGGUUGGAAACCAGAAAAAUGUGACUCACCAUGUGAUGGUCAUAUGUAUGGGAUCAAUUGUACAGAGAAGUGUGGUUCGUGUCUAAACGUUGAACAAUGUUACCACAUUAAUGGGACAUGUUUGAAAGGAUGUGACAGAGGAUUCAUUGGCCCUAGUUGUAUAGAAGAAUGUCCAAAAGGGUCGUAUGGAUACAACUGUCAACACAACUGUAGCAUCCAUUGUCAGAUGUCUGGAAUAUGUGACAGGAAAACAGGACAUUGCCACUGUCAAUUGGGGUGGAAACCAGAUACAUGUGACUCGCCUUGUCUUCCGGGUUGGUAUGGUCCAAAUUGUACUAUCAAAUGUGGUGCAAACUGCAACAGCUGUAACAGAUUUAAUGGUGACUGUGAGUUUGGAUGUAAACCUGGAUGGAAUGGAUUAACCUGCCAAAAUGAAUGUAGCGAAAACACUUAUGGAUUAGACUGUAAACAGAUCUGUGGAAACUGCAGAAAUGGAGAACAGUGUCAUCACGUGAACGGUGGCUGCCCUAAUGGGUGUGACAAAGGAGCCACCAGCGUUAAAUGUGACAUUGCCUGUCAUCAUGGUAGCUAUGGUUACAAUUGUGAAGACAAAUGUAGCAUCAACUGUGAAUUUCCAGAGAGAUGUGACAGGGUAACAGGGCGGUGUAAGGGAGAGUGCAAAGUGGGAUGGAAAGGACAGACUUGUGAUACUAAAUGCAACGGAGGUAAAUUUGGGGAAAAUUGCGCAAAUGAUUGCGGUCACUGUUUGCACAAAGAUCAAUGCCACUACAUAGAUGGCACAUGUUCCAAUGGAUGUAACGAUGGGUAUCAAGGCAUUCAGUGUAAAAACAUUUGCAGUAACAACACAUAUGGAUCAAACUGCUCUCUGAGUUGUGGAAACUGUCUUUACGUGUACGGGGAACAAUGUCACCACGUGACUGGUCAAUGUCCACGUGGAUGUGUCAGUGGAUUUCAAGGAGACUUUUGUGUUGAAGAAAAUGACCUGCUUCUGCCAUCGUCUGAAGCAAGAUGUCAGCUGGCCGCUCCACUCUACUCUUUUAUUUCAUUGUUCUGUGUCAGUGUUAUCAUCAUUGUAUGCUUAAUUAUCAGAGUUUUAAGAAACCAUUUGCCAAAGUGCAGACAUAAGCAAGAAAACGAGAAAACUGGAAACUUCAGCUCCAGUAAAAUUUCUAAUAUCAUGUAUACGGGCGACAAUUGUGCUUAUGAUGAAGUUGGUGAAGUUACAAAGAAUCCGGAUUAUGAUGAACUUCAAUUAAACGUCGCAUUCAAUAGACCAGCAUGGCACCGGUAUCCAUUUUUAAAUAGACUAUGGGGAGCGGAGCAUGCUGUGGACGGACUGUAUUCAAAUUUGUCUUCUAUUGGAGGACAAUGUGUGAUAUCAGCCAAUUAUAGAUCAACAGCAGAAUGGCGGGUAGAUCUGGGAGAAGUACUCAGUAUACAUCACAUCUUUAUACAGUACAGGACGGAUAAUAUUGUAUGGGACUUGCAGAAUGGGUACACCUGCAGAUUUUUAGGAUUUUCGGUGUAUAUAUCGAACACCACCAACAAAGAGGACGGGAAACUAUGUUUUAAGGACACAAACUAUAUGAGGGCCACAAUACCUAAUCCUACAAACAUCACAUGUAUCACACAUGGAAGAUACGUUAUCUACCACAACAACAGAAUCCACCCUCCGUAUCCUGCUAGGUAUUCCCGUUUCGCUUUCAAUGAGCUCUGUGAAUUGGAAGUGUAUGGAUGUCCCACCCGAGGAUAUUUCGGACAAGACUGUUAUCAACGUUGUCCACAGAACUGUCAGGAAGGUCACUGUCACAUUGUGGAUGGAACGUGUCUUGGUUGUGUUGCUGGAUACACAGGUCUAAAUUGUAACGAACAAUGCAGUAGCAAAACAUAUGGUCCGGAGUGUCAGCAGAAUUGCGGAAGCUGUAAAAAUAGAGAACAAUGUCACCACGUUCACGGACGUUGUCCGAAUGGUUGUGACAGAGGAUGGCACGGUGCCAAGUGUUCCUACACGUGCAAUAACAACACAUAUGGAUACAGAUGCUCUCUGAAAUGUGGAAACUGCCUCUACUUAUAUGGGGAACAGUGUCAUCACGUGACUGGUCAUUGUCCACGUGGAUGUGAUGUUGGUUACCAAGGCGAUCGUUGUGACCAAGUUACCACUGAUCCUGUAUCCAACUGUCAACCAUCGAUUCCUCUCUAUGUCUGUGUUUCCAUAAUUAUAUUGUUUGGAUUGGUAAUUGUGUUUUUAGUGACUCGACAACUUGGAAUCAGUGUAUGCAAACCACAAAAAAGCCAAAAAAUCAGAAUUGAAAAAUUAGAUAAACGUAAAAAGGAUCCAGAGUACAUAGAGCCCUCUCUGGUGUUCGUAUGUGACCAAGAAAACACCACUGCACAUGCGUAUGAAGAGCUGGGGGAUAUUUCACCUUACUACCAAAACGACAAACUUCCAUGAGGAAAAAACCCCUGA